ACCAACCAAACCAUCUGAUCUAACCGAUCCGUCCUAGGAAGAGCUCAAUGCAAGAACUCAGGUCUGCCGCGAGAGCGCACUACUCCAAUAACCCGGACUUCAGCAAGGCGAUCGGAGCGAUCAGCCGCCGUGUCGACCGCGAAUUCCACAACGCGGUGAAUUACCAGGCGUUCGUGACCCUGGUCGAGGAGAGGUCCCGACGCUGCACUUCCGAUGCCCUGUUCCGGCAGCUGGACCGGGGCGGGAAGGGCCAUCUCGACCAGGACGACCUGCUCGUGCUGUACUAUCUGAUGGACACGAGAGGUGACUGCUCCCACUGCCGCGACGUCCUGAGGAGCGUCUACUACACCUGCCUCCCCUGCUUCGACAACUGCCGGGCGCCAAACAGCCCGUCUUUCCACAUCUGCGGUGCUUGUUACCGCGCCAAGUCCUUCGACCACCCGCAGCACGAUGAUUUCGUGGACAAUUACGAGUUGCUGCAGCUGAGGAGAUCCCAAAGAUUGAACUGGGGAGAGCUCCGACGAGCGGUGCCGCAAGACGUGGCGGCUGGGUUGAUAGUUAGAGGAAUCGAAGAAGCAUGCCACAAGGGGGAGGCAAUAGCUCUGCAAUUGGGACAAACCAAUAUGGCUGAUGACCACCUGGACCAAGCUACCGACGCUGCGAGCGAUGCCCCGGGCCCUGAUCUCGACACCGAUUCAUGGCUGAACGCCUUCACCACCGCACGGCAUGGAUGGGGCGACAACGUGAGGGAAUGGAUUCACGACUUCUUAGUGCAAUAGAAUACCUUCAUCUAUCUAGCUUCUCCUCCUUGGAGGACUUACAUUAAAUCUUCCUUUGAAAUAACUGUCUUCUUUGCCUUAUCCGGUGAAAACAAUGUCAUUUGCAAGUCU